AUGGCGGCGCCGCUGGUCUCGUCGGGCUACGAGAGCCCGUGGACGCGCGAAGUCCUGGAUGCGGCGAGAGCCGGCGAUGUGGAGAGGUUCAAGCAUCUCCGAAGGCAGCGCGGACGAUCGUCGUCCUUCGCCGUCGCCCAGGCGCCCGCCAGGUGCUCGGCCGCCGCGGCGUUCUCCCCGCUCUGCCACCGCGGUGCCGACGUCGUCCCCAGCCCCGGCCUCGACGGGGCGAGGACGUGCGGCGGCAACACGGCGCUGCACAUCGCCGCCGGCCUCGGCCACGCCGACCUGGCGCUGUUCCUGUGCCAGGCGGAGUGGCCACUCCUCACGGAGAGGAACCGCGCGGGGGAGACGCCGCUGCACUGCGCGGCGAAGGCCGGCAACGCGCGCAUCGCCGGAUACCUCCUGCACUACCUGCCGGCGGAUGCCGCGGUGGUGGUGAGGGCGGUGAACCGUAGCGGGGAGACGGCGCUGCACGAGGCCGCGCGUGGCGGCCACGAGGACGUGGUGAAGCUGCUGCUGGACAAGGACGAGGACCUCGCCGGCGUAGUGAGCAAUGAGGGCGUCUCAGCGCUUUACCUGGCCGCGAUGUCGGGGCAUGAGGCCGUCGUUCGGUGGCUUCUGCACCGGUCGCCGGAGGGGACGAAAGUCACGCCGUCAGCGGUGUCGUCCGCUGGGGUUGAUGGACAAACGGCCUUACAUGCGGCCGUUCUGCUACGGAAUAAAGAUAUUGCCAGACUACUAGUAGACUGGGAUAGCUCACUGACGACCAGGGUGGACUCUAGAUGGAGCACUCCCCUCCACUUUGCCGCAUCCAUCGGGGAGGCUUCCAUGGUCGUCGUGCUGUUGACGCGCAACGUCUCCUCUGUGUACCGGCCGGACAACUCCGGCGAGUACCCCAUACAUGUCGCUGCGAGGAUGGGGAACGACCACGUCGUGAGGCUGCUCCUGGAGAAGUGCCCCGACAGCUACGAGCUGCUCGGCAAGGGCGGGAGGAGCUUCCUCCAUGUCGCGGCGGCGUGGGGCCGGCUCCCCGUCGUCGAGCUCGCGAGCCACGGGAGCAGGCUGCUGCCGGCGAGCGCCCUGAACGCCAGGGACAGCGAAGGGAACACGGCGCUGCACCUCGCCGUGAGAGGGAAGCACCACAAGUGUGUCCAGGUUCUUGCGGCGAACACGGAGGUUGACAUGAGCCUCGUCAACGGCGAUCGCCUGACCCCUCUCGACCUCGUCGUGAAAGGGAUGGAUCAUGGCUUUGUCUACACUCUGAACGCACAAAUGGACAUCUUGCGCCAACUGGCAUGGACGGCCGCUCGGCUAGGCCCUCGCCGGCUGGACCACUUGAUCGACGACUUCGACAUCGGCGAGAACGCCGACGCAGAGCAGAGGAAGCUGGAGAACAUCCCCAAGAACCUCACCAUGGUCUCCGCGCUCAUCGCCACCGCCUCCUUCUCCGCCUUCUUCGGCCUCGUCGGCAGAGCAGCGGACGCCGGCGCCACCACCUCCCGCGCCGGCCAGUACCUCUUCAAGGCGCUGCUGCUGUCGGACUCCCUCGCCUUCCUGUGCUCCAUCGUCGCCACGGUCUGGCUCACGUACGCCGCCUCGGACAGCGUCGACCCGAGGGUCCGGAGCCGCAACCUCCGGCAGGCCAUCGUGCUGAUGAAGCACGCGGCGAGGAGCAUGCUGGUCGCGUUCUCGCUCGGCCUCUACUUCCUGCUGUUGCCGGUGGACAAGAGGAUGGCGCCGCCGGUGAUGGCGCUGACCCUGCUCCUGGUGCUCGCCGGGAACCUGGCGGACUGGGAGCCGCUGUCGCUGCUGCGGGCCGUCCCGGCGAUGCUCCGGCGUGGCGUGCUAGUGGUGGGGGUCGGGGUCUUCGAGGAGCCGCUCAGCCCGCACGUGGCCAAGCACGUGGCGAGGCCGGUGCGGUCGAGCCUCGCCGGCGUGCUGCUCUGGAGGAUGGCCGUCACCUUGUUCGUCGGCCUCCUUGUCUUCGGCUUUGCGUUUAUCUAG